AUGUUCUUCCCGCUACUUUUUGGAGCUGGAGCUGCACUUGCGGCCGCUGUGCCAACAAAUGUUAAGCAACACGGCUCACCGGCAGUUACUGUGAGAAAGCAGGUGCCUCAUAAUGCUGGUGCUGCAAUUCUGGCUCCAUUCGUCUCGUUCUCAAUCGAGUUCUCUUCUUUCCCGGAUUUUGCAGGGAAUAAAUCCAAGCCGAAUCGGUUUUCCAAUCAGUUACUGGACAACCUUGCCGACCUUCAAGGUGUCAAGCCGUAUAUUCGAGUCGGAGGAACCACCCAAGAACUCGCGCUAUAUGACCCAGAUCUCAAGACCCAGAUCAAUGGCACCGUCGUCCCAAGCAUUACGGAGGACUUUCCAUGGCUUGUCUCUAUCGGACCAUCGUAUUUCGAGGCGUACUCCACCUGGCCGGGAGUCAAGUUCAGCCAUGAUUUCAACCUCGGCAACAAUACUACAGCUGGGAUGGACACCCUGAUUGCCACCGCUCCCUUGGCCUGCAAAGCUCUCAGUCAUGGGAACUUCGCCCACUGGGAGUUAGGCAAUGAGCCUGAUCUAUACCAGCUCAUCGGCUGGAGACCAGAAACUUGGACAGAAAGCGACUAUGUUGCUGAAUGGUUGUCUAAAUCUCAGAUCAUCAAACGCCAAAUCGCUAAAGCCUGCCCUGGUAUGGCUACCGAUCAUGCGUACAAGUACAUUGCGCCGUCAUUUGCAGGAUUCACGCGUGGUCUGGACCCCGUGAAGACCUGGGAAGAUGGACUCGACAAGAACAAGGAUAUCGGCAUGAAUUCAAUGCACAACUAUAUGGGCAGCGCAGAUACGCCGGGGCUCACUCUUGCAAACACUCUGAUGAACCACACAGCGAUUGUCAAUAGCGUGGCUCCACAUACAAAUCUAUCCCGUGUUCUGAACGAGAAGGGCCUGACUAAAGAUAUACCUUAUAUCCUCGGGGAAAUGAACUCUCUCUCCCACCAAGGCCAGCCAAAAUUGUCAAACUCCUUCGGUGCCGCCCUCUGGGGCGUCGACUUCAACCUCUACUGUGCAUCACAGAGCAUCGGCCGCACCCACAUGCACCAGGGAACAAACUAUCGCUAUGCAUCAUGGCAGCCCGUGCAGACCAACAAGACGACUAUCGGCACGAAGGCGCCGUACUACGGCAAUAUUAUGGUGGCUGCCAUGCUACGCGGUAGUGGAGAUCGAGAUCAUCACAGAGACGCGAGUGUUCAGGUUGUCAACCUCGAAAUGCCGCAUGAAACUGAAGCUGCGUACGCCGCCUACGUAGAUGGAAAGUUGGCCCGAGUCGCCGUGAUUAACAUGCAGGAGCAUAAUUACACGGAUACCGCGUCUGCGAGCCAGCGCUCCGCGGCCACAUACCAGUUUCAUCUGCCUGGCGUCUCGGCUAAGCCUCUGUCGGUACAGCGGCUGAUGGCGAAUGGGAGUGACGCUAUUACGGGUAUCUCCUGGGAUGGUUGGUCUUAUAACUAUGAAUUGAAAGGUGGUGCGCCAGUGCGAUUACACAACAUCACAGUUGGGGAGACGGUCCGGGUGAAUUCUAAAGGGUUGGUGGAACUGGAGUUGCCCUACUCGAGUGCUGCGAUCUUGAACUUUUAG